AUGAUUUACCAGAUCUUUCAUAUUGUUCAAAGAUCAGGAAUAUAUCGUGGUCCAAAAUGUGUGAAACAAAGUUAUUGCAAACAAUCUACUUUCGCACUCUCAAGAGUCGUAGCGGCUGAGUGUCCACCUGCUUUGUGGAGUAUCUUUCAUGGUCGACGUCUUUUAUCUGCUGCUCUCAGAAAGGAGAUUAUGAUCAACUUCAAAGGUGAACCAACAGAUGACUAUCAAACCUGUUUAGCACUCCGAUUGGAAAAUUUUUUUUGGGAUAAAUUUCCAAAAACUAAAACUAUCAUUCAAAUUCUCUUCCCCGCAAGAGGUCGAUGGCACCAUUUAUGGAUUUUUGAUAAUCAUUCAAAUGACACCUUAGCCAAGUGGUUACGGCGAUUGACUAGAAAUCAAUUCCCUUCGGGGGCGCAGGUUCGAAUCCUGCAGGUGUCGACAACACUAAAUCAUAGUUGGUUCGCAUGCGGAGAUGCUCUUCUAUCACUUCUAUCUUGA